CCGUCCCCCUCUCACCCAUCUGUGUGUGAACGCAGGAGCUUCAGUGUUCAGUGUGUGUUUGACUGGAUGUGAGUGUGGAUCAUGCAGGAGUGUGUUCAGAGCCACUGCAGCGCCCAGCUGGAGUUUGUUCAGAUCCUGGUGAUCGUGGUGGUGAUGAUGAUGAUGGUGGUCGUGAUCACGUGUUUGCUGAACCACUACAGACUCUCUGCGAGAUCCUUCAUCUCUCGACACGGACGAGCGCGCAGACGCCUUCCCCUGCCGUCGGAGGGGCUGUGGUCCUCUGAUGCUCCAGGGUCUUCUGCUGCCGUCACUGAGCAGGUGUACAGUCCUCGGCCCUCGUCCCUCCAGCGCUCGCGUGUGAGCCGCUUCCAGCCCACGUACCCGUACCUCCCGCACGCCACCAUCGACCUGCCGCCCACCAUCUCGCUGUCGGACGGGGAGGAGCCGCCGCCGUACCAGGGCCCGUGUUCCCUCCAGCUGCGGGACCCCGAGCAACAGCGGGAGCUGAACCGGGAGUCCGUGCGCGCGCCGCCCAACCGCACCGUGUUCGACCGCAUCACGGCCCCGCCCGCCUACUGCGAGGUCAUAGGUCACUGCUACCACCCGGGGCCGCACACACACACGCAGCUCAUCCAGAUCAGCCGGACGGACACGCGCGACAAAGACAAGCUCCACGCACAGCCGGUCUGAUGACGUCAGCGGCCG